AUGAAUAGUGAAUCUGAUAGAUUAUCUAAAAAUUAUAUAGAAGAUGAGUUUUUAGAAAAUAUUAAUGAUUCUAAUAAUAUUGCUAAGAUAGACAAUAUAAGUAUAGGUCUAGAACAAAUCAUAAUUAGUAAAGAAAUUAGAAAAACAGAAAGUAGAGUACAAGGAAGAAAAAGAGAUCAAAGAAAUAAAAUUAGAAAAAGUUCAAAAAGAAGAGAUGCAAUUUCUGCUCAAUUGCCUAAGCUAUCUGACUUUAAUAUUUUAGUUCAUAUUUAA